AUGCAACGAGAACUCCCCUGCGGGGUUUGGCUUCCCUCCACCGCCACAGCCACAGGAAGCUCCGGCGACCUUCCCACCAUCACAGGGAAAAGUAAUAGUAACAGUGUCACAAGUGUAGAAAAGCAGGUGUCAGAGAAUGCUGUGAUAGUGUUUGGCCGACGUGGAUGUUGCAUGUGCCAUGUUGUGAAAAGUUUACUACUAGGGCUUGGUGUCAACCCCACCAUUUUUGAUGUUGAUGAGAAAGAUGAAGCUGCUGUUAUCGGCGAAUUGUUGAGAAUUAUAGGCGAUGACGGUAAAGGGAACGACGGCCGGCUAAAGUUUCCGGCGGUUUUCGUUGGUGGGAAGCUGUUUGGAGGGAUAGAAAGAGUCAUGGCCACUCAUAUCUCUGGUGAGUUGGUGCCCAUUUUAAAAGAAGCUGGGGCCUUAUGGCUUUGA